CGCGAGGCAGACGGAUGAGGGCURACAAUAACAACAACCCGUCUCCUGUCCUUGGCCUGACUGACUUCAUGGAUCCUAGUGGAAGUGAACUGGACUCCAGCCUGCCUCAGCCGGAGAAUCCGUGCCUGAUAGUGGAGGACUCUCAGCCCGACAGCGUCGCUCUGGAGGACGACCCGGAGAGCAGCUAUCGAGCACUGCUGGCCCGACGCCUGUCCAGUCUGCAGCCCACCGCCCGCAGCCCGGUGCUGGAGCUGAUAUCGUCACCACGAGGAAGCAGAUUCUCUCAGACUGACAGCCAGUCAGAGAGCAACAACCAGACUGAACCAGGUGUUUCAUCUCCAGCUGACCCUAACUCGCCUCUACAGGAAGAAAGUCAAGUUAUCAACAUCUGCCCCCCUCCAUACAGGAAAAGGUGUGCAGCAGAGGAUUCUGAAAUGGAUCCUGGAGCUGAUUCUACAACAAACUGCAUUCAGUCUGAAGAGGGAACUUCUCAGUUUGGGUUUCUGGAGCUUUCUCAGAGUCAGGACCUUCAGGCAAACGAAGACGUGGUUCUUCAGCUGAACAGUGAGAGGCAAAGAAAAUCAGCAGAGCAGGACAUCAGCUCCAGAACUUCAGAGAGUCAGGAUCACAAAGCAGCGAGGUUUGAGGUGAGCUCUAGCAGCUCCUCUGAAUCUCUGGGUCAGCCAGGCCGCAAACUGAGUGUCCAGGUUCUGCUGCACUCUCAGAACCUCCAGUCCUCUACAGACCAGGACCACCAGGACUGUGAGAUCCUGUCCUCACAAGAGGACCUGUUUGAUGCUGAUAAGUCAGUGGACAGCACAGUAUCUGAACCGGAGCAGCGGAGUCGCCCCACCCCGACACCCUCUCACACCCUUCACCUGCUGCAUYUGUCGGGUCAGGGAACACUGGUGCAGGAAAGUCUGUCUCAGAGCUCUGUGGAUUAUGUCGCCCCCACACCAGACAACUUCCCUCACACUCCGUUAAUUGUCUCAAGCUCACCGACUGAAGCAGAAAAUGAACGUGAUGAACCGAUGGACACUUCUCUUCCCCCAGACGAGCCAGCGGGGGAAAAGGAAGAGCCGAUGGAAACAGAGGCCGCUUCGAAGCCACACUCAUCUACCUCUGCUCCUGUAUCCCAGAAUGCAUCUGGUCUAGUGUUGGGCCCAACGCUGUCUGUACCAUCCCAGCCAGAAUUAUCACAUGAUGUGUUUGUCCCAACACAGAGUUCAGUAUCUUCACAGCAGUCCGAUAAGAAAUCAGCAUCAUUGCCUUGUCAGUCACAGUCUCAGCAGCAGGAGUGUGCUUCAUUCAGCUCACCGCUGCAGCUGUCAGUGAACACGGACAGCUGUAAUCCCUGUAACCCACAUCUGAAGAGCCCAGAGCGGAUCGAGGAGGACAGCCAGGCCACGCAGAUCGAAGAGUUUACAGAUCUGCCAGCUGUUGACACCAGUGACUCUGUGACUUCACGUCCUAAUCAGAAAAAUGAGAGCAAUGCCGUUCUCUCAGAGUCACAAAMCACAAGUUCCAAACCUUUUAUGUCUGCUGAAACGCUGAAGCAGCAGAACGAACGCAGCAGAACCCACCCGUCAAAUCAGAAUUCUGACCAGCACAAAGAGGCAGAAUCUCCUCUGAGUGAACAAAACAUGAAUGUAAAAGAUGCAAAGAGCAGCAUCAGCCCUUCCUGUGAUCWGACAGCUAACAGCUGUGUGCCAGAAACCCCCUGUGACAACACACCCUGCAGUUUGCCUUCAAAGCUAGGGAUUUCUCAGUCUGCUGUGGGUGCUGUGAAGUCCGAAAGCCUGAGAGCAGAACCAGCRAGGAGUCUGCCUACAGGACAGCAGCUGGAAGCAGUUAGUAGCAGCCCGACACUUAAAGACRGGAGAGACGAGUGUGAGCAGGGUGAUGUGGAAGAGGAGGAAGUGAUGGAGCAGGAGAAGAUGGAUGGAGCUUCAGGAAYUGCUCUGGUUCUCUCUCAGAGCCAGCUGGUGUCUCCUGAACCAAUGGAGGAGGAGGACAGCCAAGACCUGAAUGAAAACAGUGUCAUUAUUGUAGGAGAAGRUGAGAAGGAUGUCCCCCCACAGACAAAAAUCCACCACUCUCAGCCAGUCAGAGGCAAGCCAUCGGUCUCUGCUAAUGGCCACAAAUCCCAAACUGAGGAGCCAGAGGCAGAUGCUGCAGCUGAUGGGCCGUCCCAGGUGGAGAAUGUCCAGCAUGAACCAGAGGGCAUCAAAGACAGAAGCAUGAGUGAAAGCUCCGGAGAAAUUUCUUUUCACUUCACRCUUCCUAAAGAAGGGGAGUUGAUCACUCCUGCCAUUGGUGCCACGCCACCUCUGAUCACCCAGCUGAAGCAGACACUGAGACACAGCACUCCCAUCGAAAUCGCCUCUUUUUCUGAAAAGUCUGAUGUGGCUGAUGUCUCUGCAGAGGUGGCGUUGGCUACCAGCGAUGUUGCACCAAGUGAAGAGGAUGCAGCAGAAAAGGGAGACAAGAAGCUGAGUUUGAGAAUGAAGCUAGUGACCCCUGUGGAAGAGGGCAGCUGUGAACGCUUCAGUCUGCAGAAGCCAGUUCUGUCAGAGGAAGAUGGAUUCGUCUCCAAGGUUACCUCCGUCUCCACGGCUGUAACCAGAUGUUGCAGYAGCCCCUCCGUGUUCACACGGGUCCGUCAGGCUCACCGACAGCAGGAGGYGGUAGAGGACGGCCAGCCUGAGAGCAACACCACACCUGUCAGAGGGAAACUCUUUGCCUCCCCACUCAGGAGCUCCCAAGCAUCUUCGCUGGAAUGCAACAGCCUCCCAAACAGCCAGUCAGAGGUUUCACAACACGAUGUGCUGCAGGGGCCGCAGGACAGCAGCAAAGAUCCCUUCAUACCUGGUGACCCACUGGAGGAGAGGAGAGGACCACCUGCAGCUCCAGACCUGAACUCUCCAAACAGCACACAGGUUUCCCACCGGAAGACCAACAAGGACACCACUUCUACUCCAUCCAGCAAGCUUCAGCAGCGGACCAUCUCCCAGCAGACCAGCUUGGACGUGCCAGGCCUGCGCUCACCUCCUGGUCAGGGAGAACCAGAWUCACCUUUGUUUAAAAAACACGCUGCAGUGACCCACCGCAGACAUGUCCGCACYAUCCAGGAGGUACGAACCACCAUCACACGCAUCAUCACAGAUGUGUACUAUGAAGAYGGCAAAGAGGUGGACCGCAGAGUGAGUGAGGAGAGCGAGGAGCCAGUGGUGGACUGUAAAGUGGUGGAUAGUGACAUCUCUCCGAGCCGCACCGGCCACAGCUCUGUGACCUCUGGUGACCUGGGCGACAUCAGCUCUCUGUCAUCCAGAGCCUCUAGCCUUCAGCGCAGUUCCAGUGGAACAAGCAGCAGCACCGGCCUCACCAGGCCGGGCUUCAUUAUGCCCUCCAGCAGAGGGGCCAAAUCCAGCAGUCCCAGGAGGGGAGGUGGGCAUCAACAGAGGGGUCACAGGGGUCAAAGGGCAGGGUCAGUGGUCACAAUGGGCAGAGGCAGCAGCACCUCCGGGUCCCGGGCCUUCAUCCCGCUGGCCCCCAGAGGAAGGGCUAGAAGGGGUCGGCCCCCAUCCCGCUCGUCCCUGUCCAGGGGUGGUGGUGUCGGCUCGCUCCAGAGACUUAGCAGCCAGAUGCACUCCUUCUCGGAGGACGAGCCCUGCACCCAAAUGUUGCCCCCACGUCUCUCUGCCAGCCCCACAGACCCACUCAGCCGUUCGGACUCCCUCAGGUCGUCGCCGGAGGAGGGGACCUCGGCGGGCAGCAGCUUUGUUGGCCUGCGAGUGGUCGCUAAGUGGUCGUCCAAUGGCUUCUUCUACUCGGGCCGCAUCAUGAAGGACGCUGGCGAYGGGAGGUUCCGCCUUCGGUUCGAUGACGGCUACGARUGCGAGGUAGCGGGCAAGGAUAUCCUGCUGUGUGACCCCAUCCCUCUGGAGACGGAGGUCACGGCUCUGCUGGAAGACGAGUACUACAGUAUAGGUGUGGUGAAAGGCCAUAAAACAGAAGGUCAGGAUCUGUUCUACAGCGUGGAGAAGGAUGGCCAGAGGCAGUGGUACAACAGGACAGCAGUCAUCCUGUCUCUGGAGCAGGGAAACAAGCUGAGGGAGCAGCACAGCCUUGGACCCUACGAGCCCACCACUCCAUUGACCAAAGCUUCUGACAUCAGUCUGGAUAACUUGGUGGAGGGGAAGCGAAGGCGCAGAGGAACCCCCGGGGGUCAGAACACACGGAGCCGCAGCCCUCGGACCCCCGGCACCUCCAGCAAAAGGAAGCUGAUGUCCGAGGAGAACCGGACUCCGUCCAAGAGAGGACGCAGAGGAGGCGGAGCCAGAGCUGCUCAGCGGGUCAGCAUGUGCAACACCUCCGGCAGCGGCACAGAUCAGCCGUGUCCAUCAGACGACGUGGCCGAGACCCACGGGCCGCUGCCUCAGAACACGUCUCUGUUCAUGGGCUUCGCCUUCAUGCUGACCGCCUCGUCUGAGAGCGACCGGAUAACCAACAGGGUCUGCAGUGAAGAAGAGGAGGAUUAUGUGCAGACCGGCCCAUACAACAAGGCGUACACAGAGUCCCAGCUGCAGGCAGGUGGAGGCUUCAUCCUGCCAGACUUCAACGAGGAACAGUGUAAGGCAGCUUACCAGAGCCUGCUCAUUGCAGACCAACACUGCCGCACCAGGAAGUACCUGCUGUGUUUGGCCAGCGGCGUGCCCUGCGUCUCUCAUAUUUGGGUGCGAGACUGCUGCAAAGAGAACAAGCUGCUGAACUACAGGAACUACCUGCUGCCGGCCGGCGUGGGCCCGGAUGAUGCCAUCGUGGAAUGGCAUCCUCGCUCCAGCCCAUUCAAGACGCUGCGUGUCCUCCUCGUGUUUGAGAAGCCAGCAGAGCUUUGGGCCCAACUGAUGACCAUGGGUGGGGCUUCUUCUGUCCGACACUUCCAGCCAGACAAGGACAGCCCAGACAUUCCUACUGGAAAGUUCGACGUGGUGGUGACAGACCAUGCCUGUCCACCACUGUUGGAGAAAAAUGUGACAUCACAGGAAAUCCCGCUGGUGUCUCCUGAGUGGCUCGUUCAGAGCCUGAUCUGUGGCGAGCGCCUCGACUUMGUCAGCAGGCCCCAGGACCAUCACAACUCUUCAUCCUCCUUUUAGUCCCAUCCAACAUGUUCCCAAUGCCUUUGAGCUCAGUGUUAGUUCUGUUGCAUGCCUCUGCUGUAUAUAACCUGUCUGUUUUUAUGAAGUAAUAAACUGUGACUUGUUUCAUUUUAA